AUGAAACAUUACAGAGAUUCUGUUAGUCCAGAGGUUAGACAAUUCAUUAAAUAAUUCCAUAAUUGUUAGAAAGAUUAGAAACGAGAUAAAUAGACUAGUACUGAGGAAAGCAAUUCAUCAAUUAUUGUUGAAAGAUAAGAUGAUAUCAAUGUUAAGGAAGUGUUCCUAAAAUCGCCAAAUAAAGAAGCAAAGGAAAAUAGACAACCUUAUUUAAAAAUAUCAAAGACUCCUAGUGUUUGUUCAAACAACAAUUCACUUUCUAGCAUUGAUUAAGAUAAGUAUGUUGACAUCAUAGUGUAAAAAGUGGUUGACGAAAUGGAAAGAAGAAACAAUAAUAAAAGGUAACCUGUGUUGAGUAUUUAACAAAAUACAGUUCAAGUCAAGAUAGCUCCUAAAAGUGAGUUGGAUAAUUUGGAUGAUGACUCAUUCAUUCGUCAUAUACAACAAACUCUAUUGAAUCCUCAUCAUACACCAAAGAAGGUUCAUAAUUUUUAAAACUUCGAUUAGCGAUAGAAACAAUUCUAAAUUUAACGAGAACAGAAAUUGCAGAAGCAAAGAGAGGCUCAAUAACUGACUAAGUUAGUAGAUGAAUUCAAGUGUUACUUAAUACGAUCAAGAAAGAGUGGAGGAUUUUGA